AUGAGCAUUUUUAUACAAUUCCGAAACGGGGAUCUAUCUAUCUAUCUAUCUAUCUAUCUAUCUAUCUAUAUAUAUAUAUAUAUAUAUAUAUAUAUAUGUAUCUCUCUCUCUCUCUCUCUCUCUCUCUCUAUCUAUCUAUCUAUGUCUCUCUCUCUCUCUCUAUCUAUCUAUCUAUCUAUGACUGUUUGGCAUGUUGUCAUCCAGGUAUCGCGCAGCCUGUGCCACCGUUCUUCUGUUUAUUUAUUUAUUUUUUUUUCUGGUAAGUGGGAAAGCAGCCUGAACUUGAUCCUCAGUUCCAAUUUGAAUUCUUCUGUUUUCCCCUCUCUUUCGGGCUGUUCACGUUGCACUUGUGCGAUGAUCUUCAAGCCAUGUCGUUGUACGCUCUCACCGUGUCGUGAACUUUUCACAGAGUUCUGCACCUUCAAUGACCUGGUCAAUAGAGGCACCAUAUUUCACCACAAGUUCAUCCACAAGACUACCUUGAUUUCCCCUGUGGGAAAGACCGAGAAUCAGAUCGACCACAUCACCAUUUGCCGAAAAAGGGUGCAGACGCAGCUUCAGACCAGCACGUCAUUGUGGCUGUCCUCGAGACCAAGCUGA